AUGUAUGAUGCCUUCGGCUGGAAGGUGGAGAAGAUCCUCACAGAGGACGUUCAUUUCUUUGCGGGUCAGGGCCUCAGGCUGAGGCCGCUGCCGCGAUACGGAGUGAGGCCUGCUCGAGCUUACUACAAACUGGAGGAACUGGACAGAAGGCUGGAACUCUUUCGCCCAGGUGACAAAGUCCUGGACCUUGGCUGUUGGCCUGGGUCAUGGACUCUCUAUGCUGCCAGGUCCCUUGGAGCAUCUUGGAGCUGACAGCACAGAGUCGAAGCCAUUCUGCUUGAUAUCGUGAGAUGACUGAGAUGACCACCAUCUUAGUACAGCGCAGCUUGCACUCACUUUUGGAGGAUAUGCCGGAUAUGCCGGACAGGCAUUUUUAGGAAAAGAUGGCUUGGUUUUGAUAGAUGAGUUCUCAAAGCUGAUUUGCACGAAAGAGGAAUCUUGGAACCAUACUGAUCCAACUAUGUUUUGACCCAGUCGUCAGUGGGCUUAGCGGCUUGGCCAGUUUAAGCCAACUCUCAGACGUGGAUGCCCAGGAAGAUUGGAUCAAAGGGAC